CGGCGAUCUUGCACGGAAUUGACGCCGACCGUUGGCUGACAGUACAUCCGCCAAAUUUCCGAAAGUCUAGGUUGAGUCUGACCCUUUCACCCAUCUCCUCCAAUUGCCGUCGGUUACUCAACCCCUAACAAGCUUUGAGGUUUAGCUUCCAAUGCCUUCGGGUGUCUAUAGUACCUGAAAAAUGACCUCACUUGUGCGGAGGCACCUAGACGAAACGUGGCGAAGGCUGGUGGUCAAGCACAUUCAGCUGAAAGGUAAGUAGGUCUCGGUACAGCCGACAAGCUCAGAUAAAAACGCGCCUUGUUCCUACCGAGGACAUCACUAUGUGAGUAUCGGAAGCUGUCUUUGAUCGUGGCAGCACCGCAUCCCUUCUACAACGGUAGCUUUGCCAUUGUUCUCUCACCAUGCUGUUGCAACUGUUGUUCGCCGGCAGUCUCGUGGCCCAAUCGUACGGCCAAACCGUACCGGAACAAGUACUGGUCAUCGAUCAGACCGGCUUCAAUGCCUUGCCGACCGUGCCGCCGCCGUCGGUGUCCAAUCUGACUUCUAUAUUCCUUCCGCCAGGUGUCACCGAAGAUGAAGCGCUGGCAAAACCCUUCCACGUUUAUGACGAGGCUUUCUACGACAUAAUUGGCACCAAUCCAACCCUAACCGUCAUUGCCAGUCAGGCCAGCAACCCGCUCUUCCAUGAAGCUGUUGUCUGGUAUCCGCCAACUGACGAGAUUUUUUUCGUGCAAAAUGCAGGUGCGCGAGACGCCGGCACGGGCCUCAACAAGUCCAAUGUGAUCUUAAAAAUUUCUCUCAGUCAAGCUGCUGCUGUAUCGUCUCAACGAAAUGCCAGCGGCCAGGUCGAUGUCGUCACUGUCAAUGCGACUCCGACGGUGAUAAAUUCCAAUGGUGCUACAAAUUUCAGAGGCCAGUUUGUAUUCACGGGAGAAGGACAAGGAAACGACACUGCUCCGUCGCUCUACCUGAUGAACCCAGUGGAACCGUACAAUACUACCGUGCUUUUGAACAAUUACUUUGGUCGUCAAUUCAACUCUCUGAACGAUAUAGCCAUCAACCCCCGCAAUGGUGAUAUAUACUUUACGGAUACCCUCUACGGAUACUUGCAGGACUUCCGUCCUCCCCCGGCCUUGCCAAACCAGGUUUACAGGCUUAAUCCGGAUACUGGUGCUGUAACGGUAGUUGCAGAUGGUUUUGACCUCCCUAAUGGCAUCACCUUCUCCCCCAAUGGAUCAUACGCAUACGUCACGGAUACUGGCGCACAGUAUUCCUUCUAUGGGUAUAACUUUACAGCGCCUGCUUCUAUCUAUCAAUACACCGUGGAAAACGACGGCACGUUCAGCAACCGCAAGCUGUUCACAUAUGUAUCCCCUGGUAUUCCCGACGGUAUUCACUGCGACACCAACGGCAAUGUUUACUCGGGCGUUGGCGAUGGUGUGCACGUAUGGGACCCCUCUGGAAAGCUGCUCGGUAAGAUCUUCCUGGGCAUCACUUCGGCGAAUUUCAACUUUGCCGGCAAGGGAAGGAUGGUGAUCUGUGCAGAGAAGCAAUUAUACUAUGCCACGCUGGCGGCUGAAGGAAGCGUGGUGGCCAGUCAGAUGCCUCCUGCAUGAUCGAACACAGGGCGGUCUAAGAGAGGACAAAAGUGAUUUUGAGGGUCCCCCAGGUCUUGCCUCGUGGGUUGCCUCAGGGUAGUCCACCAGCGGCGUUGAAAUUGGAAAUUCGCAAAUAGGGUCAUACCAAUGUUAGUCACGGCACGCAUAUGACCCCGAUGAUCGGUGCAUAGCCUCGUACUCCGUCAAGAGGCUGUGAUCUCAACGUCUAGGGUACAGGCGCAUCAGCCCGCAGCCUCUCAGCCUCACAGGAUUAAUUCGCCUCAGCCUCGUGAGUUGGGAUCUUAUGUAAUCCGUUCAUGUGACGACGCCCUCCCUGCGGUGGAGCAUUUCUCUGAUGGCGCCACCGAAGAGAACUGAGCAAUAUAUACAAUGUCUCUUUCG